CACCAACUGCGCAAAGAGGCCCCUACACCCCUGUUUGGUCACGGUGCUGCUACUCGCAAACAAUCCUUAUCAACCCACUAAACCCGUCACAGAAACGGCUCCAUCGAAGUUUUGUGACAGCAGUCCAAAACCCUCAUACCCUCAACUCAAAUCAUCAUAUCUUCUUCCCCAAGCUUCGCCACCGCCCCAUCCUAGGGUUUCGGUGGCCCAUCCAAGCCCUAACUACAAAGCCACACACAUCUACAUACACAAACUUGUACGUAUACAUCUACACAUAUACACAUAUACAUUUAUUUGAUCCAUUCUAUUCAAUCUUAGUGAACAAGCCUAGGGAUUUUGUUGCCAAUUAUGAUGGCUGGAGGUGGUUCUGCUGCGAGGGCGAACUCCGGUGGUCGCCAACCCGUUCGUAUCGUCGUCGCCGGAGACCGCGGCACCGGAAAAUCGAGCUUGAUAGUCACAGCCGCCGCCGAUACUUUUCCGACCAGUAUGCCUCCGGUGUUGCCCCCGACGAGGUUGCCCGAUGAUCUCUACCCCGAUCGAGUGCCUCUCACAAUCAUUGAUACCUCUUCCAGUACGGAGAGCGGAGGUAAACUUGCUGAAGAAUUGAAGAGGGCUGAUGCUGUUGUCCUCACUUACGCCUGUGAUCAGCCUGCAACGCUUGACCGAUUGAGUACUUUCUGGCUUCCAGAACUUCGUAGAUUAGAGGUGAAGGUGCCGGUUAUAGUGGUUGGCUGUAAGCUGGAUUUGAGGGAUGAGCAGCAUCCAGUGAGCUUGGAGCAGGUCAUGUCUCCAAUAAUGCAACAAUUUCGGGAGAUCGAAACUUGUAUAGAGUGUUCAGCAUUAAAGCAAAUUCAGAUCCCUGAGGUUUUCUACUAUGCACAAAAAGCAGUGCUUCACCCGACAGCUCCUCUUUUUGACCAGGAAGAACAAACUUUGAAGCCUAGAUGUGUGAGGGCUUUAAAAAGGAUAUUUAUUCUUUGUGACCACGACAGAGAUGGUGCCCUUAGUGAUGCAGAGCUGAAUGAUUUUCAGGUCAAAUGUUUUAAUGCUCCAUUACAACCUUCUGAAAUAGUGGGUGUUAAGAGGGUUGUGCAAGAAAAACUGCAGGAUGGCGUAAAUGACCGUGGUCUUACUCUGACUGGAUUCCUCUUUCUUCAUGCCCUAUUCAUAGAAAAGGGACGUCUCGAGACAACAUGGACAGUCCUAAGGAAAUUUGGAUACAAUAAUGAUAUUAGACUCAGCGAUGAUCAGCUCCCACCUCCAAUUAGACGAUCUUCUGAUCAGAGUGUGGAGCUGACAAAUGAAGCUGUGGAAUUCCUCAAGGGAAUCUUUUUCUUGUUUGACAUUGAUGGUGAUGGGAUGCUUCGGCCAGCUGAGCUUGAAGAUCUUUUUUCUACUGCACCAGAAAGUCCUUGGAGUCAAGCUCCUUACGAGAAAGCUUCUGAGCAAACUGCCUUGGGAUGGCUAUUACUUGAUGGGUUUUUAUCUGAGUGGGCCCUCUUGACACUUCUAGACCCAAUUCGUAGUGUGGAGAAUCUAAUAUACUUGGGAUAUGCUGGUGAUCCUUCCUCUGCCAUCCGUGUUACUCGGAGAAGACGUUUAGAUCGCAAAAAGCAACAAUCAGAGAGAAAUGUUUUUCAGUGUUUCGUUUUUGGACCUAAAAAGGCUGGAAAAUCUGCAUUAUUGAAUUCGUUCCUCGCAAGGUCUUUCUCUGAUGAUUAUUCUUUAACCACUGAUGAACGUUAUGCAGUCAAUAUAGUUGAUCAACCUGUGGGAACUAAGAAAACUCUUGUACUGCGGGAGAUACCAGAACAUGGAGUUAGUAAAUUGCUGUCUAAGAAGGAGUCUUUGGCAGCCUGUGACAUAGCAGUAUUUGUUCAUGACAGUUCUGAUGAGUCCUCGUGGAAGAGAUCAGCUGAAUUGCUUGUGGAAGUUGCUAGUCAUGGGGAAGCAACUGGCUAUGAGGUGCCUUGCCUCAUUGUUGCGGCUAAAGACGAUCUGGAUCCAUAUCCAACUGCAAUACAAGAUUCAACAAGGGUUAGUCAAGAUAUGGGAAUAGAGGCCCCUAUACCUAUCAGCACGAAGUUGGGAGAUUUUAAUAAUGUAUUCCGUAGGAUAGUAACUGCUGCAGAGCACCCUCAUUUGAGUAUUCCUGAAACUGAAGCUGGGAGAAGCCGCAAGCACUACCACCGGCUUAUUAACCGUUCUCUCAUGUUUGUAUCAGUUGGAGCUGCAGUAGCUGUUGUUGGACUGGCAGCUUACCGUGUCUAUGCUGCUAGAAAGAACACCUCCAGUUAAAGGGUGAAGGUUUUUGCAGCUCUUUGUUUCACAAUCACCUCAGCAAGUAAAAUUCGACACGUUGCGAAUCCUGAUUUCAUAUAUUCCUUGUUAUGUUUCUCAAGGCAGGCCAUUUUGUAAAGAAUUUGCAUUUUUUUAAGUACAAUUGCUCCUUGGAAUUUUCCUAGAUUUAGCUCGCCUUCCUUGUAGGGUUUUAUUCGCUUAGUUAAUGGUGGGCAGUUUUUUGGUGGAUGGGAUUUGUAAGUGGAAAAGAAGUGCCAUUGAUACAAUGGAAUGCAAUACUGUGCAAUAAGUAUUUCAAUACAUUUUGGUUUUCUAUUUGAAUGGUAA